GAAGGCUGAGAACGUCGAAACAAAUUUGCAAAUGAUACAUAGCUUCUAAGGAGGCAACCUCUCUUAAAUGGAAGAUAAAGGCUACUUCAUUUAAAGUGCUUUGAGACCAAGAAAGAGCUGUCUUCAGCACCUCAUCAUGUGUCUACUUUUUGUUGCUUAGAUCUGCCUGGGAGUUCCUGUAACAUUUGGAUUCCAUAUUGGAAGAAGAAAUUUCUAUACAUGAAAAAAAUGCCUCUGUUUAGUAAAUCACAGAAAAAUCCAGCAGAAAUUGUGAAAAUUCUGAAAGACAACAUGGCCAUUUUGGAAAAGCAAGAUAAAAAGACAGACAAGGCUUCAGAAGAAGUGUCAAAAUCACUGCAAGCAAUAAAAGAAAUUCUUUGUGGUACAAAUGACAAGGAACCCCCAACAGAAGCAGUGGCUCAGCUAGCACAAGAACUCUACAGUAGUGGGCUGCUGGUGACACUGAUAGCUGACCUACAGCUGAUAGACUUUGAGGGAAAAAAAGAUGUGACCCAGAUAUUUAACAACAUCCUGAGAAGACAGAUAGGCACUCGGAGUCCUACUGUGGAGUACAUUAGUGCUCAUCCUCAUAUCCUGUUUAUGCUCCUCAAAGGAUAUGAAGCCCCACAGAUUGCCUUACGUUGUGGGAUUAUGCUGAGAGAAUGUAUUCGACAUGAACCACUUGCGAAAAUCAUCCUCUUUUCUAAUCAAUUCAGAGAUUUCUUUAAGUAUGUGGAGUUGUCAACAUUUGAUAUUGCUUCAGAUGCCUUUGCUACUUUCAAGGAUUUACUAACAAGACAUAAAAUGUUGGUAGCAGACUUCUUAGAACAAAAUUAUGACACUAUUUUCGAAGACUAUGAGAAAUUGCUUCAGUCUGAGAAUUAUGUGACUAAGAGACAAUCUUUAAAGCUGCUAGGUGAACUGAUCCUAGACCGCCAUAACUUUGUCAUUAUGACAAAGUAUAUCAGCAAGCCAGAGAACCUGAAACUGAUGAUGAACCUCCUUCGAGAUAAAAGUCCCAACAUCCAGUUUGAAGCCUUUCAUGUUUUUAAGGUAUUCGUGGCCAGUCCUCACAAAACGCAGCCUAUUGUGGAGAUUCUAUUAAAAAAUCAACCCAAACUCAUUGAGUUUCUGAGCAGCUUCCAAAAGGAGAGGACGGAUGAUGAGCAGUUCACUGACGAGAAGAACUACUUGAUUAAACAAAUCCGUGACUUGAAAAAAACGGGCCCUUGAAGGUCUCACUGUUUCCUGCCACAGUCAUUCGUCUCAUUCAUCCAAUUUGUCCAAUAAGUGUCAUUUCAAAAAGUCAUCAUUCUUGGGAAGGCUUUGGAGGUGCCUGUUUUUUCUCAAUUUUUCUGGGUAGAUGGAAUAUAAACAUUUGAAUGGAAAAAAAUUAACCUAGAAUAAUAUAUUCAUUUUAAUCCAGUCUGUGAUUAUUUAUGUGAAAUCAAAGGCAUUGUAUUAGACGUUGAUAAAAGCAGUUUUAACUUGCAGACCCAAGCCCUCUGUCACCAUGAGCCACCAAGUGGGUGCCACCAAGUGGGGGCACCACCUGAGUCUUCAGGGAGGACUGAGUUCUCAGGGGAGAACUGGGAAUGGGGUCAGGAGGUGCAAAGUUGCUUUACCUAUCUGCACUUAGACAAACAGAUUUCUUAAGGCACUGAGAGAUCUCAGAAGAUAAGUUUAAUGUUUUCAGUCAUUAUGUGUCCUUCUGUUCCUGCCCAGUAUGCAUUGACUGUAGUUAGUGGGUCCUAACCUCCUGGGGAACCUAUGCCCUCCUCUGAGCCCAGCCCCGCUUUCUGCUCACUGUCCCACACUCCGUCCCAGCAGAGCUCCUCAGUACCCUGACUGUGGCCCAUGUCUGCUCCUCCUGCAGUCAGGUUAGCAUGGGAGCAACUGUGUAGGAACAGGAUGGAUCAACAAGGGUCACGGGUCAUCGAGGACCCACGGGGUGUGACCUGCUCACUGGAGAACUGCGAACAGAUGGUCUAGAUAGAGUUGCUACUGUUCCACAUUGACUUCUGGAAGGUAAGGGGGUGUCGGAAUACUUCACUCAUAAUUGUCAUUAUGGGAAGAAAGCUUUGUGGUGUAAGUGUGUUUUGGAGUAGGAAUUGUUGCCCAGGAGGUACAAAACCAUGGGUCCAGCAGGAUAACUUUUAUCAAUAAGGGGACAUCACCCUUGGAAGGGGAAAUGAUUAUGAUUAAUGCAUGGAAAAAUUCUCAAAUGACUAAAAAUUCUUUUUUUAAAAAAAAUUGUUUUCUAAUAAGCUGUCAUUCUAUAAUUGCCCAUCAAAGUCUUCAGUGAAAAGAGAAAAACCUAUAAAUUUUGGUCCCCAAUUUUCUGUUGCAUACUAGGACGAUAAGGAGUUGUGUUCCUUAUAAAAAAGGCAUGGAAGCAAAAAAUAAAUUCAAAAAGGUCAUGGUUUAUUUUCAGACAUCAAGUGUAUAAAAUGGAAUUUUAAAGCUAUUUUGCAAGACAUUAAAGGUACGAUUGCUAAUCUGUAUUUUUAUAAUUCUGUUUUUGAAUUAUGAGUUGUUACCUUCAUAGGAACCCUUGCUUUUUACAAUACUUGGUUGCUGUGUUCUUUUUCUUCAGCCAGAUAUUUCUUUACCCACAGAGGGGAAGAGAAAUGAAUUCUCCAGGAUUGGUGCCCCUUGUAGAUUUUGCACCUGAAGAAUUACCUGGCAAAGCUUCAGCCUUCUUGGCUGGGGCGCAGGUGUGUUUUGCUUUUGGGCCCAGCGUGGAAUCCUGAGGCAGAUGGCUGGGGCCUGCUGUGCCUCCUCGUGGCAGCACUGCCCAGUGCCAGCGAGUGAGGUUCAGCGGCAGCCCCUGAUGAUCUGCAUUCUCUCUAGCCACCGAAGUCAGACUGUUUUUAUAGCAUUCCCAGAGUCUCUUAGAAUUUGACUUUUCUGGUUUAGCUUAUUUGAUUAAAAGAGAUGAGUGUAAAUAUUUUUUUAAAUGAAGGUACAAUAGCCACUGGAAAUGUAUUUGAUUGCUUAAUACUGUUCCACAACAUCAUGGGACACAUGUUUUCAAUUUGGAAAGCAAGGCCUUGUUAUAACUUUUUUUUGAUAAAGCAUAUUUUGUUUCUUUUGGGCUUGAAUUAGUUCUUUCCUAGCAACUCCUUAUCCUAGCUCAAUGCCUGUCAAACAGAAAAUUAGAGUCUGGGGUUUUGUUGUGAUAUGAAUUUGUAAAUUAUUAAUGCAAAAAGGGGAGCAGGAAACAGUCAAAAUCUGUUUGCACAGAGUUCACUGUAAAUAUUGUGAGGAUUAAAUUUUGAAAAGGUCAUAUUUAAUAAGCUGUUUCAAAAGCAAACGUUUAAAUAAAGACUGACUAAAUAAAAAGGUACCACGUA